UGUGAAUAGGUCAACGCUGAAGUCAGCUGUAGUUGAUGCCCUGUGACGAUUAAUGAUUACACCCUGAAAACUUCGACCAAUCUAUUUAAAAGUCUUACAAAAAGUCUUCAAUCAAGACCUUAGUCUGCCGUAUCACCCUGAACGAAGCCAUACAGAUAGUUACCGCCUAUUCCAUUUUCCUGAUGAACCUCAGCCGCGAAAAUAGUCAAGCGCCCACCUGUUCAUCCACUCUCAUGUCUGAUGAUGGGCUGUCACGUCUCGAGAUUCUUAGUUCUGUAGCCAACGUAGAUUCCCUCAAGGAUAUUAGCUCAUUAGAAAAAUUGUCUCAAAACGAAGCCUCAGUGAUCGAACUGCUUAACCACUAUUCCAAACUGUCCGGUGAUACCCCUACGAAUGCUCAAGCUGCCCGAGAGGUAGUGGUAGCAUGCCGCCAAUCACAGCUCAAUUCGAAAACCGGGAAAUCUGAGCUUCAAGGCCACGGAGCUGGCUCAUUCGACCGGUUGAUCUACCUUCUUGACCGCUAUCUAGAUUAUUGUAGCUCGAUAAAACUUGCAGCCUGGCCGAUUGACCACUUGAAAGUCAGUAUCUGGAUCAAGAAUGAUGUCACCUUGACCACGAAUAGUACUCGCAUGAAACCCCUCAGGAAAACAGUCAGAUGUUACGUGACUUCCUUGGAGUCCAUCCGCGUCAAAACUCUUCACCUCUUCAAAGGCAUCCAUCUUCCGGUGCACCUGAUGAAAAGCAAGAUUAUCCUUGAAAUCCUGAAUAGUCUUUCAGUCGAAAGGGAUAAUUUGGAAGAGCGCCUUGGAGGAAAUCUCGGCCCCGUGGAGCAACCAGUUGGCGCCGGGGAAGCUCAAUCAGAGCGCGAUUCUCUACUAAACGAAAUACGCUCGCGGUCUGGAGACGAGUGGAGCCAGCAGGCGAUGGAGAUUGUGAAAGCUUCUCGUGGAGGGGAGCAAAGCGAAAGCGGCGGUAAAACCAGGGGAAAGGCUGCCGAUCCACACAUUCACACGUUGUUCAGAUAUCGAAACUACUGUUUCCUCAACAAGAUUCCGAUGUGGCCAAUCGACCCACCCAGAGUGGCCUUGUGGCUUAAAGAAUCAGUUCUGGUUGGUGACCCCCGCAACAAAAGCAAAAAGUCGACCGUCAGCUUCAGGACGGUGCAGGUAUAUCUCUCCCGGCUCGAAUACGCGAGGCUGAAAACAGAGCAUCUGUUUAGCGCAUUCGCCAACUGUGGGGGUUCAUUGUACAAGUCUAACGAAAUCGUCGAAAUCUUGAACGAGUUAAAUGGCCACAAGAAGAGUGCGCAGUGUCCGGUGAUGAAGGACGAAGAAAAUGAUUCGACAGCCCAGGUCAUUCUAUCAUCAGAGGAUUACGUACCAGUCUCACGCAGUUCCUCCCAGGCCACCGAAGACUCGCCGACAUUCUCUCUCACCGUUGAGCCAUCACCACCAAAACGUGCCGGUCUACCUUCACUCUUACCUUCACUCCCUCCGUCGCACUGGUCUCACAGUAAGAAGAGGAAAUUCUCAGCGAGCCGAAAUGUUUCUCCAAGAAAGAUUUCCAAGGUCGACAUCGAGAACUCGCCUGGGCUGAAGCCAAAUAAUCAUGACAGGGAAAUUUGCGGAGAGCCGCGAUUCGCCCGUCAGGGCUCUAACGGCCCGCGACGAACUCCAUCCUUCCUAUUGGAGGCCGAUCGCAAUAAGCUGUCUCGCAACACUAAUAUUAGCGCAGUAGGACCCGCUUCACCAACCGGGGGUGGCUUGACUUUCCCCUCAAUAUCCGAAUGGUUUUCGCCUCCACCUUCCCCGGCAAAGGGAAAGAAAGGAUGCAUAUCUUUUAUAUUGUGCUCCGAUGAAGAGUCCGAACGAAGUUACACCACCGCCACUAGCUACGAGGUUUCGACUCCGCAUGUGACACCAACUCGUCAUGCUGUGAACAAAGUGUUUCCUAUGACGCCGAGCAGAUUGCUUGAGUCACCAACUUGUAAUCGCUUCUGGGCCCAUCCUCUCAGCGGUCUUAAUCCAUCCUGACAAUUGGUGAUAGAUGUAGUCGACCCCACAAUGCUUUGUCAUUUUAUUUAUCAUGCUGAACGAUUCUCUAAAAUAUUAAUACCCAGUCCGAUUUCUUCAACUUGAGCCUUUUAACCAAACUUUCUCUAUUUCAUGUCUUUUAAUUUGAUCCAUGUAACUUCUGAUCACCGUUCAAUCUAAUGUAUCCCUCUAGUGCCACUUACCAAAGGGGUUUUAAUUUAUUAAUUAUUGACCCUCUCUAGUUGUAUGUAGCUGGUUAUCAUGAAUCUUUGACUGAGUAAAAGGUCGCUGCUUAUGUAUUUAUCUAUGGAUGUCUCCAAACCUUUCUCCAAGUCACGCUAACCGAUUGCAGUAACUCACAAAGAACCAAAAAAAAUCGUUAUACACUUGAACUAAACUAAUUAGGACGGAAUGCAUCUCUGUAACUGA